AAAUUCAAAAUAAAUUGUGAGGUUAAGAAAAAUUGUAAUCUAAAAUUUGUGAAAACAAAAAAUUUAGCCAUGGAUAACGACCUAAACCGUUCCGUGAGGUUCCUAGAAGAAGCCCUGUCCACUCCCAGUCGUCGACUACACAAAAAACCAGCGCCCCAGAGGCGUUCGGAUUGGAUCGAGGAUGUUACCUACGUGAUGGCCCCUCACGAAAUUGAAAAUCUGAUGCACUGCCAAAGUUUCUACGAUCAAACCAUGAACGAUCUUAUGCACGUCAAUAGAACCCUUACAGGUGAAGUUUUACAGCACCAGAACCCUUGGACGUCGACUGUAGAUCGUUUGUAUAUUGAGUUUUUCGAGGUGCUCCAAGGACAAUCUGAAGCUCAAGAUUCUCUCGAAACGUUGGCAGAACUUGCACGGUGUUGUUCAGAUGCUUUAAAUGUACUCAAAGGCUUAAAGUCUCAAGUAGCAGUCGGUGCUUUAGAAGAGGAAAAAUGGUUGGAAAAAGAACGUGACACUUGGAGGUUGUUGUUUAUUUUGUACCAAGACAGGCUUAUGAGUCAAAAUUCAAUAGAACAAAUCGACCAGGUUCAAUAUUUUGGGAAAUCUGAAAGAAAUUGCGUGCAAAAUUUAUUCAAAAGGGACAACCUAAUCAGAGAAUGUCAACUUGUUAUUGAUUGGUUAGAAGCAGAAGCUUGCGGAAAAGAUGAAAAAGUAUUGCACAUUCCUGAUGCAGUCGGUUGGGAAAACACUUUACAUCAAAUAGAGUCUAAUAAAAAUCUUGCUUUUGGUAGUUCCAGGCCUGUAGUUGAUCAAAUGGACCCUGAUGCACCUCACUAUCUAAAAAAGUCACUUCACGAUCUUGAUAUGGAAGCUGAUGAGGGUUUGAGCAGAAAAAUAUUCAAAGAAAUUAGAUGUGGUAGGUUGGAAGAGGCUCAAAAACUUGCAAGUCAAUGCGGACAUUCUUGGAAAGCUGCAAUUUUUGAAGGCUGGCGAUUAUUCCAUAAUCCAAAUAUAAAAGAAAAUGAUUGUGCUGAAAUAUCUGAUGAUGAUGGAUAUGAAGAGAGGAGCUCAAAUGAAUUCAAAGACAUUGAAGGUAAUGGCAGUAGAGACAUUUGGAAAAUAAUGGCUUUGAGAUAUAGCAAACAAGAUUGGAUUAAUCCUUAUGACAAAGCAUCUGUAGCUACUUUCUGUGGUUACAUUGAAGCCAUAUUGCCUGUAUGUUCAACUUGGGAAGACAAUUUAUGGGCCUACAUGAAAUCAAUUGUUGAUAUUCGUGUGGAAUCUGAAAUAAGAGAUUGCUGCACCAAAAAUAACAGCUAUUUACCACUACCAGAAGAGUAUUGGCUACAGCGUCAAUCUUUGAAUGAUGUUUUCAGCAAUUUGGCCUCCUCAGAAAAUAGAGUUGUGAGGGAAGAAGCUAAAGAACCCCAGCAUGUUGUACAAAAACAUAUAGUUUUAGACGAAAUCAUGGUCUUGCUCAAGGAAUUAGAAGAAUGGUCUGAGAGUGCAAAUGUUUCUACUCAAUUUUUGAGAUUUGCUGCACAUUUGGUCUUGUUUUUAGAUCAAAUUGGACAAGCAAACAGAAGAGAUUGUGUUGAGGCUGUUGUAGAAGCUUACAUCAAAAGAUUGAUGAUGAUGGGAGAAACCCAAUUGGUUGCUUAUUAUGUGAGCAAACUGAAUACUUUAAGUCAAGUCCAUAUAUAUGCCAAGCACUUGGAAACUAUUUUGGAGCAUGAACAACGAAAAGAAGCCUUGAAAUUUGCAGAAGAAUGCGGCCUAGAUGUUCUGGCAAUCACCAAGCAAAUUGUGGAAAAUAUUCGCCAAAAAUCUAGUGAUUUGAAUCUGAACACUAUUUUACAGAAAACAAUAACAGAGAGUGACAAACUUAAAAUCUCAGCAAUUGAUUGGCUGAUUUUCUAUGAAUCACAACGCAGUGAACUUUUAGCUCAAUCCAACGCAAUAAUUUUCUAUUUCUUGAUUUUGGGAAAAUUAGAUGCUGCCCAAUUAGCUUUCAAUAAAAUCCCCAAUGAUGCUGUUGAAACUGUUAUUUCGGAAGUAGGUGACAGCAAUGAAGAAAUUAAUAAGAUUAUUAAAGAACAUUUGGGCUACAAAGUUUAUUUGGAGUCCUAUGAAGCAUUUAACGAAUGGUUCAAGCAGGCUAAAAAUAAACCAGUUGUACCAGAUCAGCUGCACGAAAAUGCUCAAUUUCCUGAGAAAGUGGCACAUCAACAUAGAUUGUCUCAACAUAAGGCUGAAGUAGAACGCUGGAAAUUAACCACAACUCAUUUAGCUAAAACAGCCAAAACCCUCCUCUACAAUGUCUUACUGUUUCCUGAAGGUUGGCUUUCUGAAGCAAACGAAGGCGCUCAUAUAAGAAAAAUGAUCAUACCUGAAGUGACCUUUUUAUUGUGCACAGUACUGUAUGAAAGUGAAAUGUAUGAAAAGUGCGUUCAGCUUGCCGACAUUGUUGCUUCAGAAAGGUUCUGCUUGUAUAAAGAGUUCAACAAGCAACAACUUGGACGUUUUCUUACGGAAGUAGGCGAAGCUUCCAAGGUGCUUACUGAAUUAAAAAAGGAUCCUUGGGGCAACGAUAUGACUGCUUGAAACUAUGCAUUUGUAUGUUCAGUUUGUAGGUUUAAGUUUCAGUUUAUAAUUUUUUUAAAAAUAAAGUUUGUUUUAUGCGAUUUUGGUAAACGAAAUGUCGUAGGUAAAAUUUGAGAAUAUCACUUUGUAGAGCAGGAAAAACUAAAGGAUUUCCAAAUUUGAAAUGUAUUUCUAAAACCAACCGUUAUCUAAAUAUUUGGCAAAGCAGGUUUUGACGGUAUUCAUAAAUCGCCUUGUAUUUCGCGAAGCUAAGAGAAAUUUGGCAACAGCAAAUUGAUAAAUGACAGUAUUGCUAAUUAUUCAUUGGACUCUAUAAUGAACAUUGAACUAAUUAGUUUAUUAUAUCCCUAGGUACUUAGGUAGAUAAGUUGGUCAUAUACUGAGUGCUUUUAUAAAAAGAUUUGAAAUCUGUGCCCAAAUUACCUAUGAUGUAGGAACCUGUUUUUUUUUUUUUAAAUUACAGUUUGAAAUUGAAAUUAAACCAAUAAAAGCCUGGAAUGGAACGACAUGACAAUAUCCUUGCGUCAUGACGUCAUUUUCAUUAUUGACCUAGGUUUUUUUCAUUAUCG